AAAGACUUUUGGACGAAGAAAGGGCCGAAACGGGCCUGACAGAAGAGGAAGUUUAUGAAUUUACUCGGCAGAUUGAUAAGCAAUUAAUAGAAAGAAAUAUUGAAAACGCUGGCAAAACCAGACUUUCUUCCAUUCACAAAGCCAAAGAAGAAUCUUCUCGGUAUAUCAAGUGUUUGGACCGCAAUCUAAUUGAAUUAUUACCGACCAAUUUGCCCCGAGUAACCAAAACUCAGAAUCCAACUCAUCAACAUUCAAAUCCAACUCCUUCAAUAGCCGAAAUAAUAGGCGAUGAAGGCGAAAAAAAAGCAUUCAAACUUUUGGCUAAUAACAAAAAAAUCAAGUGGGAAAAAUUAGUGCGAAAUUGGCAAGAAAUUGAAGGCUUGCAAGUAGACAUUUAUGGAGAAACCAAAGAAAAACAAGAAAUUUGGAAGCAGCAAAUUAUUCAUCAAGAAAAAAUUGCGGAGGAUUUUAACUCGGCCAAACCAAUC